AUGUUCUCCAGAGGUUCCAAAUCAAUGCUCUCCAAGGGGCUGGCUGUAGUCACCGUCGUCUCCCUUGGGACAGGCGUGUACUUCCUUCAAAGGAGCAAGAAAACCUCCUUCCAUAACUUCCAAAGCCAGCAUACACCAGGACUGGUCUCACCCGUGGACACUCUGCAAGUGUCCCUUCCGACAAGAAGCAAACUCUUGCAACAAUUGAAGGAAAAGGGUCAAUUCGAUGUCUUGAUCAUUGGUGGGGGCGCUACAGGUACAGGCUGUGCAGUGGAUGCUGCUACAAGAGGUUUACAAGUGGCCCUUGUGGAACAAAACGAUUUUGCCUCAGGGACAUCGUCCAAAUCCACCAAGAUGGCUCAUGGAGGUGUCCGUUAUUUGGAAAAGGCAUUUUUCCAAUUAUCUAAGAGUCAAUUGGACCUGGUCAUUGAAGCAUUGAAUGAGAGAGCUCAUUUGUUGAACACGGCUCCUCAUUUGUGCAAGAUAUUACCCAUCCUGAUCCCAGUGUACACUUAUUGGCAAGUCCCCUAUUUCUAUGCAGGUUGUAAAUUAUACGAUCUGUUUGCUGGUAAUCAAAAUUUGAAGAAUUCUUAUCUCCUAUCGAGAUCUAAUGCCAUUGAGUUGGCACCCAUGUUGGAAGCUACGAAUUUGAAAGCCGCUUUGGUGUAUCAUGAUGGUUCAUUUAAUGACUCCAGAUUGAACGCCACUUUGGCUAUCACGGCCAUUGAAAGAGGUGCUACCGUCUUGAAUUAUGUGGAGGUACAGAAAUUAUUGAAAGAUUCAGAGACAGGGACCAUUAAUGGUGUGACUGUAAGAGAUAUUGAAACUGGUGAUACAAUGGAUGUGCUUUCCAAAGUGGUUGUCAAUGCAACGGGCCCCUUUAGUGAUAAGAUUUUACAAAUGGAUAAGAAUCCCACGGGGCUCCCCGAUGAUAUGAAUUUGAAUCCUAAGAUGAUCAAUCCAGAAGAUAUUUCUUCCAAGAUUGCUGUCAAGAAUCCAAAUAUGGUAGUCCCCUCAUCUGGUGUUCACAUUAUCUUACCAUCUUACUAUUGUCCAAAACAAAUGGGAUUAUUAGAUGUGAGAACUUCAGAUGGUAGAGUCAUGUUCUUUUUACCAUGGCAGGGCAAAGUAAUUGCAGGAACUACAGAUAUCCCUAUGAAUCAAGUUCCAGAGACCCCCGUGGCUAAGGAAGCUGAUAUUCAAGACAUUUUGAAGGAAUUACAACAUUACAUUAAGUUCCCUGUCAAACGUGAAGAUGUACUAAGUGCCUGGGCUGGUAUUAGACCCUUGGUAAGAGAUCCAAGAUUGGUAUCACCAGAUGAGAAAAAAGUCUUGGGGUCCACUCAAGGUUUAGUUAGAUCACAUUUUAUCUUUACAUCUGAUAAUGGAUUAGUAACCAUUGCCGGUGGUAAAUGGACUACAUACAGAGAAAUGGCCGAGGAAACCAUUGAUGAAGUGGUAAAAAAUGGUGCAUUCGUGGAUGCCAAACCUUGCAUUACAAGAGAAUUGAAAUUAGCAGGUGCUGAAUUUUGGGAUCCAAACAUUUCUGCAUUAUUAUCUCAAAAAUAUAAUCUUCCAUCAAUGAUGGCAAAUUAUUUGUCAGACAAUUAUGGUACGAGAAGUCCCAUUAUUUGUGAGUUAUUCUUGAACGAUGAAAUUAAUAAAUUGCCAGUACUCUUGGCUGGAGAGGAAAAGGAACAAAUAUUAGGAAACACUGAUUUUAAUACUUUCCGUUAUCCUAUUACUAUAGGUGAACUGAAGUAUUCCAUGAGAUAUGAAUAUGCUAGAACGGCAUUGGAUUUCUUAAUGAGAAGAACUCGAUUUGCCUUCUUAGAUGCAAAGGAGGCCUUAAGAGCUGUGUCAGGUACAGUUAAGAUUAUGGGUGACGAAUUCAAUUGGUCUUCUGAAAGGAGACAAGAGGAAAAGGAGAAAACCAUCCAAUUUAUCAAAUCAUUUGGAGUUUAG